AACGUUAUGUGGUGAUGUACGGCUUAUCAAAAGACGGCUUGAAUAAAUGGUUUUCUUCACAAACCACUGAGUACUCGCUGACCGGGCUGGAUGAGUUCACUACUUAUUAUGUUCAAGUGCACGCUGAAACAUCUGUAACCGGGCCUUCUUCCGACAUUAUCACGGCAAGGACAAAUGAGGAUGCUCCCAGCUCUGCUCCAAUCAUUGAUAGAAAAGAAACAAAAGCCGAGGAUGCGCACACCAUAAGAGUCAAGUGGAAUGAAAUUGUAAAGGUGGAUCAAAACGGCUUUAUAUUGGGUUAUGAGGUUCUAUACCGAGAAAAAGGCCAACAAAACAGUUUUAGGUUGAACACAACAACGACAGACACCAUAAUUAGGGGCUUGAAACCAUAUACGGAAUACUGCAUCCAACUUCAAGGGUUCACAAAAGCUGGAAAGUCACAAUUCAGCCCCUGCGUUUAUGUAGAAACAUUGGAGAAAGGUCCAAGCCAACCAGUCAAUGUUCAAGUUCAAGCCGUUUCUUCCGUUGCAAUUCUUGUAAAGUGGGAUGCACCAGCUCACCCUAAUGGAGAAAUAAAAGAGUAUAUAAUAUUUUAUGGAACCAGCGAGGAUGUACAGAAAAAUGAGCGAAAAGUAACUGGAAGCACGCGGAAACGUACUAUAGAUGGCUUGAACAAAUAUACUACUUACUAUGUGAAAGUCAGGGGUAGUGCCUCGAAACCAGGAAAUGCUUCUGAAAUAUUCAGUGUUACAACUCUCGAAGAUAGUCCUGGACCUCCAAAGGAGUUCAGGGCUCAGGUCGUAACCGCUAAUGAUGUUCAUCUGACAUGGCAGAAGCCUGAUAAUUCCAAUGGAAUUGUAAGGUUCUAUUACAUAAAGAUCUACAAUACUAAAACCGGCUUACAGUUCGGAAACCCUAUCAACCAGAGCGCAGACGAGCGAUCACACGUGCAGCACUACAACAGAGUGAUACCAGACCUCAAGUACUAUACAGACUACACGUUCACAAUCCAGGCCGUCACAGUUAAACCUGGGGAAAUGGCUAACGCUACAGCAAGAACAGAGGAAGGAGUCCCAAGUCAGCCUCAAGAUGUCUCUGCGAAACUUGACAAAGGUGGAACUUCUAUUACUGUUUCAUGGAAGGAUCCAAAAGACCACAAUGGAAUUAUCACCAUGUACACGGUAUACUUCGCGGGUAAAAGAGGAUAUGACCCUUCCUUUACAGAUAACCACGAAAUUGUAUUAAGAAACAGCUCUCGGAGCACUGAAAUUGGAGUAGAGAAGUUGAAGCCUGGUACAGAAUAUAGUAUUUAUGUGAAAGCAAGAACAGUCAAAGGAUAUGGAGCCGAAAGUGAUCGUGUGGAGCGGAAAACACCAUCAAAACGUCCACCACGGCCUAAACCUCCCCAAGUUGUCGAAGUUGACGUCACGACAACAACAAUUACGAUUUCGUUAUCGCCAUCCAGUGACCAUAACGGAGAGAUUAUUCGACAUGAGAUCAUAGUAGAAAUGCUUGGAACAGCGAGAGCUCGUCGGGAAACAACCGCGCUCCCGAAGAAUAUAUACGGCUAUGAGGAAGCGCAAACAUAUGGAGAUCGUUUCUACAUUGCGGCUAUGUUUGAAAAACGAAAACUCCCUGCUGAGUUCGUUCUUGGAAAUGGAAAAACAUACGGCGAUUAUAAGAAUGUCCCUCUUAAACCAGGGACGCGAUACAAUGUGUAUGUAAGAGGAGUCACCGAACGUGACGGGAAGUGGCUUUACGGAGAACCAGCUGCUAUCAGUCAGCUGGAAACUGAGGAGUCGCCAGUCGUUAAGGAAGGUGACAAUAUGGUUGGUGUAGUCGCUGGUGUUCUGGGAGCGCUGAUACUUAUCGUGAUUGCCAUCAUAGCAUUUCUUCUGUAUCAAAGAUCCAACAGGCCACCCAAUGCUAACCUUGAUGUGGAAAGUCAGAAGAAACAAAAAAGAAAGCGAAAGGAGUUUGAACUGAGGCGCUCCAGUCUAAAAAAGAAAUUGCUCGCAGCUCCAGGCGAGGUUGUCAACGAUGCAGACCAUCCUCCCAUAACUGUGGACCAGUUUGCCAAGCAUGUGGCAAAGUUGCACAAGUCUGAUGACCGUGGAUACAUGAUUGAAUACAAUAAACUUGACAGUGGCCAGGAGUAUCCCUGUGACGCUGGCUUGAUGCCAGAAAACAAGGCUAAGAACAGAUAUGGCAAUAUUAUUGCAUAUGAUCAUUCAAGAGUCGUCUUGUCCCCGAUCGAAGGGGAGUCUGGCUCAGACUAUAUCAACGCUACAAGAAUUGAUGGAUACAACAAACCCAAUGCAUACAUUGCCUGUCAAGGUCCAGUUCCUCCAACCUUUGACGACUUUUGGCGAAUGGUUUGGGAACAGCAGUCGUCCACAAUAGUUAUGCUGACUAAUCUACAAGAGAGACACAAGUUGAAGUGCCACAAGUACUGGCCGGAUGAGACCCAAGACUAUGGUGACAUAUCUGUAAUGCUUGUCAGGUCAGAGCAUUACUCCGAUUAUAACAUCAGAACAUUUAAUGUCAAACGGGAAAGUGAAAAAGAGGAGAGAGAAGUAAAACAGUUUCAUUUUACUGUGUGGCCAGAUCAUGGGGUACCUGAAUACCCAACUGCCUUGCUGGCCUUCAGAAGACGAGUUAGAGCAUAUAACCCGGCUGAUGCUGGACCACCCAUUGUGCACUGCAGUGCUGGAGUUGGUAGAACAGGUACGUUCAUGGUUAUCGAUAGCACGCUGGACAGAAUCAAGGCAGAAAGUACAAUAGACAUUUUCAACUUUGUGGCUUACUUGCGAUCACGUAGGCCAGCCAUGGUUCAAACUGAGGAACAAUAUACAUUCUGUCAUGACGCUAUUCUAGAAGCACUACAGUGUGGCAACACACAGAUCUAUGCUCAUGACUUAAGGAUCACUCUCGCUCGGAUGAAUGACGUGGAUCCGGAGACAAAGAUGACUCGUUUUGAGUCUGAGUUCAAGAGACUCAACAAAGUAAGUCCAGUUCUUCACAAAGGGCACUGCAUUGUGGCGUCAUAUCCAGAGAAUAAGGAGAAAAACAGAUCUGCUGAAAUCCUAGCUCCUGACUGCUAUCGUGUGGUGCUCACUGCAAUUGACGACAACGAGUCCACGUCGUACAUAAACGCUGUUCACAUUUCCGGCUACAAGCAACAACAUGCUUUUAUAGUCACGCAACAUCCGCUUACGUCCACCGUGACAGACUUUUGGCGCAUGCUCUGUGAACAGGAGAGUUCCUGUGUUGUGUUGUUUGAUUCAAGAGAGCAAGAAGGGGAUUUCCCAGAAUUCUGGCAAGAUUCUGAAACAGAUGCAAAGACGUAUGACGACAUGUUGACCGUUCAGCGGUUGGCUGCGAACAGCAGCAGCGUGGAUAAUCUAAAAGCAACUUACGACCAAACUGAAAUCACUGAGAAGACAUUUAAAGCCACUGAUCUCAGAACUCCUGAAAAGAGUUUGCGCAUAAAGAUGUUUCAGUACAGCGGUUGGGUGAACGAGAAUGAAGAACCUCCUGCGUCCGGUCUGAUCACUUUAAUAGCAAAGGUCGAGAAAUGGCAACAGCAUUCAGGGAAUGGACCUAUCACAGUUGUUUGUAGUGACGGUCUUGGUCGGAGUGGGACUUUUUGUGCGUUGUACUCGGUGCUGGAACGUUUGAAGAUUGAACAGGUCGUUGAUGUGUUUCAGGCCAUCAAGGCCAUGCGAAUUCCUCGGCCUGGACUGGUGAAGACGGCGGGAGAAUAUAAAUUCGUCCAUUACGCCAUCCAGGAUUACCUAUCAGCGUUUGAUGAUUAUGCGAACUUCAAGCCCUGAAAACGCUUUACAACGGUUUGCCACAGAAUAAGGUUAUGUUAAGCUAUGACAAUCGCGAAAACGAAUCCUGCAACGAUGAUCAAUCGUAGCGGAACACUUUGUCGGAUUAAAAAGUUAUUAUCUAGAAGAAUGUUUCUUACCUGAAUAUAACGUACAAUUAUAAGGACCGUGAAGCAAAGAAUUGUCUGGUUGUUGUUUUGGAGAAUUAAUUGUCAGAUCUUAGAAAUGGAAGUGGUUGAUUUGUAUGAGUUUGUCUAAGUUUCCCAUCUGGAUUGCAUAAAAAGAGAACUAAUUUAUGCCAAUUUUUUUGUGCGGAAACUGUUCGAUCCUUGACUUAAAGUAUGAGUUUCUUUUUAAUGAUUAGGCCCUCUAAGAUAUAAAAAUUGCUUUUGCAUUUGGGCUUUUCUUUUUUUUCAGUAUCUUUUUUUUUUUUUAUUGUAAUUUUUUUUAUUUAGUCAUGGAAGCAGAUUUUUACCGUUACAGUUCAGUUAGUAUUCAAUAGGUGCGCGAAUCUGCAGAAGUGAAUUUUUGCGGGCCGCACAGUAACUUAUUUUGAAAUCCAUAAAAUUUGUAACGAGCUUGCCUAAUUACUUAAUUGGAAAAAGUGUGUGUCCGAUGCAAGUCCGGCUCCAAAAUGAUAAGUCCAGGCUAACCGACGAGAAGCUCUAUUUUGUACCAAGUCAGUCUAUCAUUGGGUAGUCAGUCAUAGAAUAGACGGAGAAAUUUUGAGCGUAGUAACUUCGCUUGAAGGCCCUUUGUAAACCUUUAGCAGAGUAUGUUCUAUAUCUCUAGUUUUAUAGAACUGUUUAUGUUUAAGAGAAAAAAAACUGCUAUCAGUAGAGAUUACACGUUCAAAGUUGUGUAAUUUGUCAACCUUAGCUUUUAUGAUUAAGAAGACUAAAAAUGUAUUUAAAUGUCUUUGUCGGAAUUGUAGUCUAAGCAUUUAGAGCAAUUGGAAAUCGAGUGUCAAGAGAAAUCUAGGAUUGAUUUGUUUUUCCAUUGCUUCGUUAUGUGAUUGGCCCAGAAAACUUGCGUCUAUCUUUCAACCAAUCAGGUUCAAAACUACAACCAACUCAAUCAAUCGCUAAUUUUCAUCGGCUCGUCUUAAUAUAUUCCUUGUAAUGAUUGGCUGUUAUGGUCGCUUUGGUUUUGGUUAUACGACACUCGAUCAAAAAUUGUUUUAUUGCAUAUUAACGUGAAGCUUAUAUUUCAUUGGUAACUUAUGAAGACUAUAUGUAGAACUAUAGUUCUUGAAAUAUGUGUGUGAAAGUCUUUUUACAUGAGAAGUUAAUCGUAACAUUAAAAGAUAUAAGAUGGUGACUUUUUACAGAUUAUGUUGUAAUUAGGACCUCGUAUUAAAUAAGUCUGCGUCGAGGUGUUUGCAUGCGGGUAAGUUUCUGCGAAGCGUCAACUGAAAGGAAAGAAUUCAGUAAAAUGUGAAGAGAUUGCUGUAAGAACUUGAUUAGUCUUUAGAGAGAAUGUUUUCAAAAUUUAGCUGUAUUUAGUAGAGAUUUAUGUAUAGAUAUACGAGUAAAACAUAAUGGCAACAGUUCCAAACAAAGAUUUGGUUAUUAUUUUUCUACUAGGAUUUGAGUGGACAAAUAGAUCAAAAUCAAGGCAGUAAUUAAGAUUUUAUUUUCCCGUCAUUUAUUGGUACGAUUUUACAUUGAUAAAAACGAAAUUUAAUGCUCUUCUGUAGUGAAAUUAUAAUUGUUUCGGGAAGACGAAAUAAAGAAUGUUCAAUGAAAUGUUUUUUUUUUCCUAC